GUCAUAUGUGAACCGUUCCCUUUGAUUGAAGAAGGUUGUCGAGGGAAGGUAGAGGCUGAUGAAGAGGCGUGGACGUGUGGUCGCAGAACGGAAGGAGCCGAGGAGAUGGCGACUUGGCGGCGGCGGGGAAUCCGGAAGGUGGCAGAGGAGGACUGGGAAGGGCUGGUGUCGGCGAGGGAAGGGAGAGGUCGGAAGGGAGAGUCAGGGACUCAGGGGAAGCGUCGCUCGUCAUCGUGUUGCGGCAUGGUCGUCUGUCAAAAUGGCGUGGUCGUGCUGCCAGCAGAAGGAGAGGCGAAGGCGAAAAGAGGAGAGGUGGUUGCGCGACUGCAAAAUGAAAACGAAAAGAGGAGAGGUGGCUGGGAACAGGGGGUUUCGUUUUUUUUCCUAGGGUUUGGGCAAAAGCAAAACGCAGCGCAGCGCACUUAUCGGUAUCGGUACCGACUUACCAUCGGUGUUUAUCGAUACUGGGGCCGGUAAACCAAACUUCACCCUUUGACACUCGGCCGCCGAUACCGCCGGUAAACGGUUUACCAUUUAUCGCCGGUUACCGGUUUGGUAAAACGGUAAACCGUUUACCGGCUUACCGUUUGUCACCCUUAAAUUAUGAAGGACGUGUGAGCUUAAGAGUUCACUGAUUCAGGGACACUCAUUGUUAAAUCAGCUUAUCAUGCUUUUCACAACUCGAUUUUGGGUAGAGCUUACCAUCAAAAUUCUUCUUCUGGUUUUGAUAGGGAUCAAUGGAAAUGGGUGUGAAGCUUAUCCUUAUCGCCAAAAUUACACAACUUCAUUUGGCGAGGCUCUAAGAAUUUGUUGGCAACAAAAAAGAAUCUGUCGAGUAGGAAGAGCUCCCCUAAUACCAAUUGCCCAUGUUGUGAUUGUCCAGAGGAAACCAUCAAUCAUUGUCUAUUCUUGUCUGAGCACAUAGCAAAAGUCUGGAGGAGACGAUUCCUGACGUUACCCCUACCUUCCUCAUGUUUUGCUUUAUUGGAAUGGUUUUGUAGCUUGAAGGAUGGUCUCUCUCCCUCGAGCAUUCUUCAAGUCAUCUACUUUUGUUGGAAUAUAUGGAAAGCCAGGAACGGUGGUGUGUUUAGAGAGUCCAUCCCAUCAAACUAUGACACAUGCAUUGCGACAGUUCGAGAGCCUUUCAAGUGGACCAAUUGUCCAAAUGAACCAUCCACUAUCUCGAGGACUCAAAGUCAGUCUAGAGGGCCCAUCAUCAUCCUUGUUCGCCAUCCAAGUAUACCCACUCUAGAGAUACAUUGUAAUGGGUCAUUUCUACAUGAUUCCCGGGGGGCUAAAGGUAUUAUGAUCAUCAACAACCACGAGAUAGGCUGGCUCUUUCCUUUAUUCUUCUCCGGUUGAAGUGGAAGCAAAACUUCUCCUUGUAGGGCUGGAAUUUGGUCAAAAAUGUAACGAGCCAUGUGUGGUUCGGUCUUAUUGCGAGGUUCUUGUUAAUGCGCACGAUCUGGUAUGUUGGUCGUGACGUUGUUCCUCUACUAUGGCGGCAAUGCGAUAGAUCCUCGACGCCGUUAGUGGAUGUUCAUUGGAUCUCUCGUAGUCUUAAUUUUCGUGCGGAUUGGAUUGCUCAUUCCCUUAAUCACUCGACUCUCACUCAUGAUUGGCUCACCAUUCUUGAUCUUAUUUCAGAACAUGUCCCAUGUAAUUUUUGCUUGUACUUCAAACUGAAAGAUCCUACUUUUGUAAAAAAAACAAAAAAAAAAGUCAUUAGGUAGGUAGUGCUUUUUCUUUUUCUUCCUAUUCAUAUUUGUUUAGAGUGCAUGCUGACCUGAGCAUGGAAAAUGACACGAAGCUAAACAACAAACGAGAUAUGAUUUGCUGAUAGCUUCGACGUGAUUAUUGUCCUUUUUCUCCUAAUUAAUUAUUAUCAUCUUUUUCACUGGUUUUGGCUUCAUUAUAAUGAGAAAUUAUAUGGCAUUGUAGAAAUAUAAACUAUCCUGGUGUCU